AGAAGUUUACCGAAGAUCAGGAACGUAUACCUCACAAUCAAGGGGCGAGGACAAAGAGAAACGAUAUUGGAUAUAUUGGAUCGUGGGAAAUUCGUUUUCAAGGCCACAUUGCAUAUGCACAUCACAUAGUUGCCAGAUCAUGAUGAUUAAUCGUCACUACUAGCGUUUAUCAAUUUUUACAUAAAGUCUUCCGAAAGCCAAAUACCAAACAGAUUUGAAGUGAUUUUGUUGCACCGGUGAAUGUCCGCACAAGUAUUUUUUAGUUUUAUGUUCUCAUUCCUCUUUGGCUAUGUUAUUGUGCCAUUUAAAUAAUAAAAAAGCUAAACGACAGAAGCAAUCCGGUAUAUGACCUUGGACAACGAGUCGUAGCCACGUGUAUAUAGGGAAGCUUGACAGGAUAACUAGUCUUCUAGAAGGACCGGGAUUUCUCUGUCGAUUGAAGGACAGAAUUAGAAGUAUAGAGGAAAACUGUAACACCAAUACGUAUGGUGGUCUCCUCAAUGAUUUCGCAACUUGUAGUGCCCAGCUAUGACCACUUGCAUGCUCAAGAUCAGCAGUAAAUUCUAUCGAGGUGACUGCUCUAGUUUAAUUUCGCCUCAAUGGGUUGGGUCCUUUUCUAUAUCUUCUUUUGGUGACAGAUAGGCAGAACGAUAAUUCACCUCCUAUAUGUGGUGAAUGUAUCGUCGAAACGAAACGUUAUUUUUAUCGAAAUAAAAUAAAUCUAGUGUGGGUUAUAAUCUUCACUGUCUUGGGUAUAUAUCAUCAGCUUUUUUGCUUCUGCGUAUCUGUUAAUUAGUAAGAACCCCUUUCUUCGAAUUUUCCACCUUUUAGACAACCUUUUUUCUUCUAGCUGCUUGAAUUGUGUUUUCUGUGGUGACAUGAGUUGCUUAUUCUUCGUUGGUUGAUUGGUUGCUAUUCUCAGUGUACAGCAGUCCUAAAAGUGUCUUAUUAAUUUGAAUUGAGUAACUAAUUCUACUGGCAACAUAUGGUUAGUCAAUAAGCAGUUUAAGUACGCUCAAACAUGUCCAUAUUCUAGUUUAAUCGUAAUAACAUGUUCGAAGAGACAACUGAUAUUUUCAGCCAUCCUGUGGGUUAGUUGCUUGUUGAAAUCUUCAUACUUGGUUAGGAAAGCCUAUUUAUUGGAAGUGGAAAAUAAAAUGAAAAACACUUAAUGGGGUCUUACAUUGAAGAACUUGUUUCAGUGGUCAUGCAGGAUUUCGUGUUGUGGAACCUUUGUCGCCCAUAUUCGAUUGUGUAACCCUUUGGUGAGAUUAAUGUCCCAUAAAAUAGGACUGUGGGUUCCAACGAGUGAUUCGCAUUUGUUCUACGUUACUCAUUAUAUGAAUACUUACCAUUCAUCUGUGUGAAUGCUUUUUUAUCGUCUCAUUAUAUUUUGUAUUAUUGACAGUAGCACUGGAUCAUCCCGGUACAUGGUCAAUGAUAACUAGGAUGAAAUUACAGAGAAUACACACAAAAGUUUGCAAGUGUGAUGCAAGAUAAAUACUAAUCACAAAGAGUGUGGAAACGAAAUUCACAGAAACUUGAAAAUCUGGUUGUGUAGUGUAUAAAAUAAUUUUACAAAAGAUGUAUGUUCAAGAUAUGUUUAGGAAAGUCAAAGAAUUCGCUAAAAUACCAGUUUUCUGUUGUUUUUGAAAUCUAAAAUAAAAGUAGAUGCUUUAGAACGUUAUUGUAAAUUUUAUAGAAGACAAAGUAAAAUGAUUAGAAAUCGGUAUGUUGAAAAGAGACUUUUAUUUGUCUCUCAUCAAAGUAGACUCAGUUCAUCACCAUAUCUAUGACAUUUUGGGGUAGAAUAAUGUUUGUUUGCAGUUAAAUUCUCAUUCUAUAGCAACGUCUACUCAUUAAAUGCGGAAAUCUCUCUCCAUACAAAAUUUGAGACUAAAAGAAGGCACACUACCCGGAUUUAUGAGAACUUUUUGAAGUCUUUGCUUGAAAGGAAGCAGGCUUUUAAAUAGUGUAAGUAUUAAACACUAAGAGUGAUACUUUUGAAGCGUUCAGUACAUCAAAGAUUCACUAAGUGCCAAAAAUACUUCGUUUUGCCAAAGCAUGUUAUGCAAAACUCUUUCAAAAAGAUAGACGGUUGGAAGAUAAUAGUAACUGCAUUUGUGUGUUGUUCCACUUUUUUGCAUUGAACUAUGCUUCUUACUACUAAUAUCAAAGUAUUCCAUUGGCUACACCCGUAAUUUAUGUCAUAUUUUGCGUAGACUUCUAUCUAAAUUAAUUAAGUUCGUCUUUACAAUUUAUCUAAGGUAAAUUUAUAAAACUCUACUUAGUGAUGGUGUACUAUUUGUAUGAAUUGUAAAUAAGCAGCUCAAAGUAAGGUGUACACGAAUCUUACGGUGUUCUGUAUGAAAUUCACCGCUGUCAAAUACAGCAUACCAGAAGUUUAAUCUGCACAGACUUAACUUACUGAUAGUGAGUGAAACCGUCAAAUAUGCAGUCAAAUUCACUUAUCUGGAAUGUUGCAUCAGCCCCAGUGAAGUGGUUGCUGGAAAAAUUUCAACCCAAUUAUGGAACUCUUGCUUGGUAUUACCUCACUUUUACCGUUUUUUGUGCUAUCAUGUAUACUAUACAGCAACACCCCCGUUUUAUUGUACAGGUGAGACGACCACUGGAAACAGGAAAGAUGAAAAGAUCUUAAGUAUUUAACGCUUUUUAUUCACUAAGCUCCUCGUAUAAUGUGGGGCAGCAUGGUGAGUGACAAUAAAAUUAUAGGUACACUCGUAGGUACGGAAAAUAAAUGGUUAGGAAUUUCUUUACACAUUCCUAACCUCCGCCUUCUUUGUAGGGCAGUGGUAGCUGAAGUUGAAUUAGUCGGGAAAAGUGUUAGGGAUUUUCAGACCGAGUCGUGACAUCAAUCAAGAUGGUUUUUAACUGUUGAUCUAAUCCGCAUAGGUAGAUGUAGUUUUUACGGUUAGUCCUAUGGGAGUUUAGAAUCAAUGGUUAGAGACUGAUGGUAGCAUGACUCAAAACCUUUCAGUUAACUUCGAAAUUCUGGACACUAAAACCCUCCAUUAGUCUAUUCCCUUUUCCAUAUGCUUCUGUUCUUUGUAGCGUCAAUAAGUUCUUGUAAUACCUCAUUCAUUGUCUUUUCGCUUUGCCACAGCUUUAACUAAACCGUAUCUGUGCCAAGUUCUAUGUUGAUUCAUCUAUAAGAGUGCAUGAUUUCCCACAAAACCAAAAGCAAGGCUUGCUAAGCAAAAUGCUUAUCUGUCCCCUUGAUACAAAAAUCAAAAGCCUUCGUUUAUUCUUUUGUCCACUUGCAUCUAUAAUUAUUUUCGUAUUGCCAGACAUUCGUAAACGUUCUGUUCUAAUAUAUUGUAUUCAAUUUCUCUCCACUUUUAUUUUACUUUUAGUCUCUGGAAUGAAUAAAUCGAAGAGUAACAAAAACAAACCUAAGGGUGCCUCAGAUGGUGCGUCCUCUGUUUACGGGCAGACGGAUAAGGAACUAUCUGCAGUAUUAAUUGCAGAUCUUUUGUUUAACCGUUUUGAUCCGUUGAGUGAAUACAUCCCUCCAUGUUUACUUCCAUUGGGUAAUGUCCCUCUGCUGUACAUUAAUCUAUCUACACUUGCUUCUGAUGGGUUCAAAAAUAUCCUUAUAUAUACCAUUAAAAGUUAUAAGAAAAUCCAGACAUUUAUAAAGCAAGUUAAAUUAAAUAGUUAUUUCCCUGGGUUGAAGAUCCACGUACGAAAUGUUGAGAAAUGUCACAAUUUAGGUGAUAUUAUGCGGGAUCUUGAGUCAAGUGAAUUUCUUAAUGGAGUAUCAGACUUCUUACUGGCUCCUGCCGAUCUGAUAUGUGGCGUUUCUCUGACAAAAUAUGUGCAGAAACAUAAGGAGAGGCGUGAAAAAAUACCAAAUGCCAUACUCACCCUUCUGUUACCCUCCCUCACUGAGGUGGUAAGCCCAGUGCAAGCUUCUGAGUUUAAAGUUAAUGUUAUAUUUUCAAGAACUAAUAAUAAUCGUCUAAUAAACCUUUUCCACGAGUCUCAAGGUGAAGUCUCCCCAAUUUUCGUAAGCGAUGUCAUGAAAAGUGGAGAGGUCAUUGAGUCAUCUCAGUUAAUGGAUAUUCAGCUGGCUGUAUGCAGCAACCACAUACCACCGUUAUUUCAAGAUAAUUUUGAUUAUGAAACUAUGGAUGAUCUUGUUAAUGGAGUACUAACAAAUGAAGAAAUUAUGGAGUAUACUAUUCAUAUUGAACCAUUACCUAAAGGGCCAAUAGUAGUUCAAGCUGCUCCCGAUCUCAGUAGUUUGAUAGACUUAAAUUUCCGACUUCUGUCUCGACAAGGUGGAUUUUGUUUCUCAUUGCCACCGCUUUAUGCUAACUCAUCAUCUUUGGAUUCUGAAAUUUUAGCAGUUGGUCCACAAGUUUUUGUCUCUGCAUCGGCAAAAAUCCAUCACACAGCACGACUAAUUGGGGCUUGUUUUAUUGGACCCAAGUGUGAGGUUUCAGCUUAUGCUUGCCUGAUUGACUGCGUUUUGGGAGAUAGUUGUUUUAUAGGCGAAAAUGCGUGUUUACGUCGUGUUAUCGCUUUGGAUAAUGUUCGUAUUUAUGAUCACGUGAAAGCAGAUGUAGCUUGGUUGUGUUCCAAUGUCCGCAUAUUAUCUGGUUUCAAACUGUCCAGUAAUUGUUUCAUGGGACCAUCACCAACAACACCUGUGACUUUAGGCCCAGGAUCUGGAAAUUUACCGAAAAAUACCGUAUUGGUGGCACCUCGUUCUGGUGACAUAGUCUUGGAUCCUUCAGUUGGUGGAAAACAGACAUGGGCUACUUUUUAUAGGAGAAGACUGCUAUCAGGAACAAGUGGUUCCAUGGAAAAUCUUUCUGGAGAGGAUACAAAAUCUAGUCCAUUACAUUUAUCGUCAAAUAGUGCACUGGUAAACUCUUGCUUAUGGGAGACAGCUUGGGAUCGAAUUAAGCAUGCAGCUAAAACACGUCGACAAAAAAUGAAUCAAAGGCGUAGUUACAGUCGAACCAGUGAAAUGCAUUCCGGCAGGUCUAGCAAACCACGUCGUUUAACUAGCGAUAUAAUAGACAGUGAUGGAGAUGUAGACUGUCAGUCGAAAGAGACAUCAAAAAUCGAUAGUGAUGUUGACGAUGAACAAUCAGAAAAAUUCAUAAUUACUGAAUUCAAACGAACUUUAGAACGUGGUGAACGACAUUCAUAUCCUGCUGAAACUAUGAUACUUGAAGUGAAUUCAUUGAAACAUGCUUAUAAUGUGCCCAUUGAGGAUUUUGGCUUUUUACUAUCAAAGGCCUUAUUGGAUUUAACUCGGGAUCAUCUUUCUUCAGAAGCACAAAAUGAUUGCAGUAAAAGUAGUGUUGUAGAAUUCAUUACAAGCUUGCGUAAAUUUCUGUCCAAGUUCAAGAGUGUCUUAUCGUCGUGUAUGUCAGGUUUUCAGCAUACUGGUCGAAUUUAUCUUCAAGCUGUUGAAGACGCAGCAUGCUAUGAUCCGUUAAUAUUUGCCUCUUCUAUGUCUAUUAUUCAUACACUCUAUGAUUGUGAUUUAGUUUUAGAAGAUGAUAUCUGGUGGUGGAAAGACAAUUCACCACUUUUACUUGACGAGGAUAUUGCCGACAAGACUAAGUCAUUAAGGGAAAAGAUUAAACCCUUUCUUGACUGGCUUGAACAAGCUGAAGAAGAGGAAGAUGAUGAUGACUGACAGUGAUGAUAAGCAUUCUAGUGGCUUGAACAUUGUAAAGUAUCUUUAUUUUCUUUGUAUGUUAAUCGAAUUAUAUUUUUACUAUGCGUAGUAUUAAUGUAAAAUAAAGGAAAGACGGA